GUAUGUAUGUCCCCACCCUCUCUCUCUCUCUCUCUCUAAACUUCGUUUGGUUGAUUGAAGAAACUGAAGUCUUCAGCAGAGCUCACACACACGCUCAUUCUCUGAAUUCGUGCAUUUUGUCGCCCGAAGCCUUCGAUUUCUCUCAGAUCCGUUGCGUUUCGCCACAAUCUGACCCCAAAUUCGCUUUUCUCACCGUUGAAUUCCUCGGGUUUCCAUUCAGUAUCACUCUCAUUCCCGGUUUUCUCUGCCGAUUCGAUGCUUUCGUCACUCGUGCAGAGUUGCACUGCCAGGAGAUUCAUUUGGUUUCUGGCGUUCUCUGCCUCGGUAUCGUAACAUCAUUCCACUGAAAUCUAUCAAGUUCUCCCUGUGGUUUGCAAGUCAGCAUGGUGAUGACUUUCAUCAAAAUGGGUUGGAUGCGAACAGGUACAACAAGAGACACCAAAUAUGGUGAUGGUUUCUAGGGCUGGCGUACAACGCAAUACCUGAUUUAUGCAGCAUUUUACCUUCUGGGUACUAGAUGUCGAUGGUGAAGCCAAGUUCUCUAUGUUGCGUCUUGUGAAUUGGGUCUGUGUAACCUCGGUUUCUUGUGCUACGGAAGAUUUUUGCAGCAUCUAGAAUUAGAGGUUAGGCAUUGGAGAAAGGGGGAAGGGGAUAAACCUGCUGUUUUGCAUCUUUUUCUAAUUAGCAAGGCUUGCCUUGUUUCUAUUUGUUGCUUGAAAUUGUGAGGGAGAGACUGGGGCACCAAAAUGCUGGAGUCUGAAUUAUUUUCUUCUCGGGUGCUCUCGCCCUUUCGAGAGGAAAGCGGAGAUGAAGAGCUCUCUGUGCUUCCUAGGCACACUAAAGUUAUUGUAACAGGAAACAACAGAACAAAGUCUGUUUUGGUGGGUUUGCAAGGAGUCGUCAAGAAAGCAGUGGGCCUUGGUGGUUGGCAUUGGCUGGUUCUAAAAAAUGGGGUUGAAGUGAAGCUACAAAGGAAUGCUCUGAGUGUUCUAGAGCCUCCCACUGGGAAUGAAGAAGAUGAAGACGAUUUUGAUAACUCUAGCAGUAGCUCUGACAUUGGCAUAAAGGAUACUGAUUUCUCCAGCAGAGUUGAGUUCAGAAAACUUAGCAAACCAAGAGUACGGUAUACAAAGCCAAUCCCAUCUCUGUCAGCAAAGUCAACCAAUCGUAGCAGUUCUAAAGAAGCUCAAUCUGAUGUUCUGACAUCCCAAUCGAGAGUGAAGUUGGCAAAAUUAGGAAGCAGUUCACUGUGGAGAUACUGGAGAAGCUUUAAACUUGGAGCAGCUAACCCUAAUCUUUCGAAAGAGCAAGUGGCUAAUGUUGUUCAGAAGCAUUUUGAUUCACAGCAUGUCGAGGAGAUCCAAGUGAUCGCAGAAUUUAUCCAUGCAGCCAAGAGACUGAAGUUAGCAGCACGGAGUGUUUAGAGAAAUGAUCAGCAGCUGAUCAGUGGUUGUGUUGUUAGUAUAAUUAUCUAUACAUAUCAACUCUAACCUUAUGCUUUAGACUCCUAAUUACAGAUUGCUAAUUAUGUGAGUGCACCUCUAACCCCUAUUAGUAAGUAAGCUGAGCGCAUGACCUUGUAACUUUGAUCUAUCCCCAGCAUUGCCAAUUUAGUAUUAGUAGAGGCCACAGGCUGUUUGUUAUAUAAGCUGGCUAGUGGCUGGUUGUAGGUCUGAUUGUUUCUAUGGGUCCAUGUUCUGUUUGAAUGGUCUGAAAUGCAAGCUUUUCACUGAAUCAUCUAUCUAUCUCUGUCGUUUUCUGA